ACCCGCGCAUGCGCGGCAGCUCUACAUGACGUAUGAGAUAUCCCACUGUCCUCUGCGCCUCCCGCCGCCGGUGAUUGGCAGGUCCGUGGCACGUGCUCGCGCGUCACAUCUCGCCCUUGUUCUAGGGAAAGAUGGCGUCUCCCAUGAAGGAAGAGGAUCAGCCAAGGACAGAUAGCUAUCGUGUUGCAGUAACACCUGCAGUUCCUGACGAUGGCCGCAAUCCAGAUGGGACCCCAAAGCCCUCCUCUGGCAAAAACAAGGGCAAGGGCAAAGACAAGGAGAAGGACAAGAGGGAGAAGUUGGAAGACCUGAAACAGGAGAUGGAAAUGGAUGACCACAAGAUCCCUGCAGAGGAACUCUGUGCAAGAUACAACACCAGCGUAGAUGUUGGCUUAACCAGGGCCAUGGCGCAAGAAGUGUUGGAACGGGAUGGGCCAAACUGUCUAACCCCACCUCCUAGAACACCGGAAUGGGUCAAGUUCUGCAAGCAGCUCUUUGGAGGUUUCUCCACUCUGCUGUGGAUCGGAGCAAUCCUUUGUUUCUUGGCUUAUGGAAUCCAGAAAGCAACACAAGAUGAAGUCCAAGAUGACAAUCUGUAUCUGGGAGUUGUGUUGGCUGUCGUGGUGAUUGUGACCGGUUGCUUCUCGUACUACCAGGAGGCUAAGAGCUCCAAAAUCAUGGACAGCUUCAAAGGCAUGGUUCCCGAGCAAGCUUUGGUCAUCCGAAGUGGUGAGCCCAUGAGCGUGGACACUGAACAUGUUGUGGUGGGAGACCUCGUCCAACUGAAGGGUGGAGAUCGUAUCCCUGCUGAUGUCCGGAUUAUGGAGGCUCGUGGAUUUAAGGUAGACAACUCCUCACUCACUGGAGAAUCAGAACCGCAGAGUCGGUCUCCUGAAUUCACCAAUGACAAUCCCUUGGAGACAAGAAACAUUGCUUUCUUUUCCACCUUUGCCGUGGAAGGCAAUGCCAAGGGCAUUGUUAUCAACACUGGUGACCAAACCGUGAUGGGCCGUAUUGCCAUCUUGGCCAGUGGACUGGAUGUGGGAGACACCCCUAUUGCCAAAGAGAUCGCUCAUUUCAUCCACAUCAUCACUGGUGUUGCUGUGUUCCUGGGUGUGACCUUCUUUAUCAUCGCCGUGAGCUUGGGAUAUGAGUUACUGGAUGCUGUCGUGUUCCUCAUUGGUAUCAUUGUUGCCAAUGUGCCUGAGGGUCUGCUGGCCACUGUGACGGUAUGUCUCACACUGACCGCGAAGAGAAUGGCAAAGAAGAACUGCCUGGUACGUAACUUGGAGGCUGUGGAAACGUUGGGUAGCACAUCCACCAUCUGCUCUGACAAGACCGGAACCCUAACACAGAACCGUAUGACUGUGGCCCACAUGUGGUUUGAUAACCAGAUUGCAGAUGCAGAUACUACUGAAGACCAGUCAGGUGCUUCGUACGACAAGGACAACCAAACCUGGCGUUCCCUGGCUCGCAUUGCCGCUCUUUGUAACAGGGCUGCAUUUAAGGCUGACCAGGAAGGGGUGCCUAUCCUAAAGAGAGAAACAAGUGGAGAUGCUUCAGAAUCUGCUCUGCUGAAGUGUGUGGAACUUUCUCUGGGUGGGGUGACAGCUAUGAGGCAGAAUAAUGAAAAGGUUGCGGAGAUCCCAUUCAACUCUACAAACAAAUACCAGCUUUCAAUCCACACACAAGAAGAUAAAAGUGAUGAGCGCUAUCUGCUCGUGAUGAAAGGCGCUCCUGAACGUAUCCUGGACCGCUGCUCCACCAUCAUGAUGGACGGAAACGAGGUUGCUAUGGACGACGACAUGCGUGAGGCUUUCAACAACGCUUACUUGGAAUUGGGAGGACUGGGAGAGCGUGUGCUUGGCUUUUGCCAUUAUUUCCUCCCCGAGGGCCAAUUCCCACGAGGUUAUGAGUUCGACACUGAAGACGUGAACUUCCCACUGGAGGGAUUCUGCUUUGUUGGCCUGAUGUCCAUGAUUGACCCACCCCGUGCGGCUGUGCCAGAUGCUGUCGGCAAGUGCCGUAGUGCUGGUAUCAAGGUAAUCAUGGUUACUGGAGACCAUCCCAUCACAGCCAAGGCCAUUGCCAAGGGUGUGGGAAUCAUCUCUGAGGGUAACGAGACAGUGGAGGAUAUAGCGGCACGCCUUGGCAUCCCUGAGAAAGACGUGGACCCAAGCGAGGCACAUGCGUGCGUUGUCCAUGGAAGUGAACUGAGGGACAUGACCGCAGAGGAUCUGGACUCUAUCCUGAUGAACCACACCGAGAUCGUGUUUGCUCGCACGUCCCCCCAGCAGAAGUUGAUCAUUGUGGAGGGCUGUCAGCGUGCGGGACAGAUCGUGGCCGUGACUGGUGAUGGUGUGAACGACUCACCUGCCCUGAAGAAGGCUGACAUCGGUGUGGCCAUGGGUAUUGCUGGAAGUGAUGUGAGCAAGCAAGCUGCUGACAUGAUUCUGCUGGAUGACAACUUUGCAUCCAUUGUGACUGGAGUAGAGGAGGGACGUCUCAUCUUUGACAACUUGAAGAAGUCCAUUGCCUACACUCUGACGAGUAAUAUUCCAGAGAUCACACCCUUCCUGCUGUUCAUCCUGGCUGACAUUCCCCUGCCCCUGGGCACUGUCACCAUCCUUUGCAUUGACUUGGGAACUGAUCUGGUGCCUGCCAUCUCCCUGGCCUACGAGGAAGCCGAGAGUGACAUCAUGAAGCGUAAGCCUCGUGAUCCCAAGCACGACAGGCUGGUGAACGAGCGCCUCAUCAGUAUGGCCUACGGGCAGAUCGGCUUCAUGCAGGCGUCCGCGGGUUUCUUCGUCUACUUCAUCAUCAUGGCAGAGAACGGCUUCCUGCCCUGGAAACUGUUGGGCAUCCGUGCUGACUGGGAGGACAGAACCAUCAAUGACUUAGAAGACUCUUAUGGCCAGGAGUGGUCAUUUGCUCAGCGCAAGAUUAUUGAGUACACCUGCCACACAGCUUUCUUCGCUAGCAUUGUGAUUGUGCAAUGGGCUGAUGUCGUCAUCUGCAAGACUCGCCGCAACUCUCUCAUCCACCAGGGAAUGAGCAGGAACAAGUGGCUGAUCUUUGGUCUGUUUGUGGAGACCUCUCUGGCUGCCUUCCUGAGCUACUGCCCUGGAUUGGACCAGGGUCUGCACAUGUACCCUCUUGCGGGAUCCUGGUGGCUCCCAGCCUGGAUUUACAGCUUCCUUAUUUUCGUGUAUGAUGAGUGCCGCAGGUUCAUCCUUCGCCGUAACCCUGGAGGCUUCAUAGAACGGGAGACAUACUACUGAUCCAGUCUUCUGGUUCUGCUACUGUUUUAGUUACUAGUGCCAUUAGAACAAGGAAAUGGUGGUAGACAACUUAGAAGCCUUGUCAGUAGUAACAAACUGGGUGAAUGGUUUGCACAUAAACAUUCUACUAGCUCACCAGUAGGUAUUAAGAAGUAACAAGCGCUGAUUCUGAAAUGUCAUGCAUGUAUUAGGCAUUUGUCAAUACAAGGCGUUGCCUAUGUUAAUUGGUUAUAUCUUUUUUACCAUCCGCAUUUCUUGUAUUUAUUGAUAGAUGUCUGGUGUUGACAUGCAUGUAACAAUUCAAGGAAGUUAAUCUGAGAAAUAUAGUAGCUGACAAUGUUGUAAGAGAAGAAUUGCCAUCAAUAUUCGGAUGUUAAUAAUUCUUCAAACCAUUCAAAAUAGUUUAUAUAUAGAUUUGUAGUUGUUAGGGACUUGUACUACUACUAGUUUUUUCUUUUACUUAGUUUACUGUAAAUUGUGUAUGUUUUGUGAUAGUGUGAGCUGGCAGCUGCCCAAACCAGCACACGCACCCACCAUCCAAACCAGUUGUGGAUAUGUACAAUAUAUUUCAUUUUCAUAUUUUGUCUUGCUCAUUAGAUAUACUGUAACAUUUUUUUGAAGGCUAUUUUACAAAGUCUUAGUGCAUUGGAGUAGAAGGUACCUCAUCCAACAGUUUCAGCUUUGCUUUCAUGUCAGAAAGUGGUAGAACCUGGCCUUUCUUAAAUGGUCAUGAAACUCGAUGUAAAAGCAGCCAGACCAGUAGAAUGUUACGAUGUCCUCCAGAGAUACAGUGAAGUGCCGUGCAAUGGUUCCCUAUCCUGAAGAAAGUUCUUAUUCCCUCACGAGUUAAAAUGCAGAAUAUGGCAUGUGUAACUAACUCCUCAAUAUCCAAGUAUAUAUCCGUAGGAAAGAAGAAAUAUAUCUAAGAAAAUCUUAUUACCCAUCAUUCUUGGUUUUUAUCUCACCCCAAAGAAAAGCCCUCACCAGCAUGAAAGUGAUGAAAUAAUUCGUUGGAUGAUUUCAGGACUCGCUUCACUGUACCAAUGUCAGCUGUCUCCAUAUCAUUUUUUUUGGUCUUCUCUUAUAGUAAUAAAACAAGGACCACAAAAUUAAAGACACUCAAGAUAUUAUGAACUUCGUUUUAUAGUAGUGAACUAGUUUGAAUCCUGUGUGUGAUAUUUUAGUGCAUAGUUAAUGUGCAUGUCUGACAAAAGAUGUACUUUAUUGAUGUGUGGCAAAGGUCAGGUAAUGUAAACGCAGUAUGAGAAGGUGGAGGGUGAUAUACAUGAUUGUUUUCAUCAUCAUCAACUAACAUGCUAUAAAUAAGCAUCAUUCUUUCCACAGUGUGAGUGAAUACCAAAGCUGUUAAAACCCCAUUACCUUACCAGUUGUGUGUAUGUUAGAUUUUCUGAGCUGAAGACAUCUGUUUAUUCAGAAAUGCAUUUUAUGUUUUUAGUGUGUAAGUUAAUUAUUCACUGCGUCUAUUUUUAACACUUGUGCUGUACCAUCACGAGUUGUGUUUUUUUAAUUCCAAUGUUGAUCUUCCCUCUGGCCAUUCUGCAAUCCAUUGCAGUGUUUAUUCUUGCAUGUAUGUGCUCAGAGUAUUGGAUCACAACAAUGUUAUCAGUUUCUGAAAAGUCAUGUCUUGUUGGAGACCUGGGUUUGUCUACCAUGUUAGUGUUAAGAGUGAAUGCCAUCGCACAUUCUAACACAGACCAUCAAUAAAGAAUGUCUUUUUAGGUCUGAA